AUGUGGAAUUACACCUCUUCGAUACCCGUGGCGCACUACCACCACGACCACCCUCAUAUGAAACCUACCAGGGCUUUUGCGCAUCAAGGUGCUGGAGAUGAUGAUGACAGUGAUAAGGAUGAUGAUAAUAACAAACAAAAUGGAUCAGCUAGAAGGUCUCUAGAGGAAAACAAUAGUCCUUUGUUGCUCUGUAUAGUUGCAGGUGGUAUAGGAGGUGCUAUUGGUGACACCUCAAUGCACUCCUUGGAUACAGUCAAAACAAGACAACAGGGUGCGCCUUCUGUGCCUAGCUAUAGAAAUAUGCUUAGCGCUUAUCGCACCAUAUUCAUGCAAGAAGGUUUCAGAAAAGGCUUAUAUGGUGGAUACUGUGCGGCUAUGUUAGGAUCUUUUCCUAGUGCAGCGAUUUUCUUUGGGACUUACGAAUACUUCAAAAGGAAGUUCAUCGAUCAUUGGAAGAUAAACGAAACAAUAUCUCAUUUAUCUUCCGGAUUUCUGGGAGAUCUGUUUUCAAGUAUUGUUUAUGUACCUUCAGAAGUUCUGAAAACAAGGUUACAAUUGCAGGGAAAAUAUAAUAAUCCAUAUUUCAAUUCUGGAUAUAAUUAUAAAAAUCUGCGUGAUACAGUCAAAACUGUGAUCAAGGCUGAAGGCGCUGGAGCUUUGCUUUUUGGCUACAAGGCGACAUUGGCUAGAGACUUGCCAUUUAGUGCUCUUCAAUUUGCAUUUUAUGAGAAAUGUAGACAAUGGGCUUACAAAGUAGAAAAUAAAGAUAUUAUGAAAGACGAAUUGUCCUUAUCGAGUGAAAUCAUAACCGGUGCUGUAGCCGGUGGCCUAGCAGGUAUAUUGACAACGCCACUCGAUGUCAUUAAGACUAGAGUUCAGACUCAACAGCCCAUAAAUCCUAAUAAAUAUACCUCUUCUGCUAAGCCCGCAAAUUUGUCAAACUCGCUAUUUUUCAGUCUCAGAACUGUUUAUAAAUCUGAAGGAAUCUUAGGAUUCUUCAGCGGUGUUGGGCCCCGGUUUAUUUGGACAAGUGUUCAAAGUAGUAUAAUGCUUUUAUUAUAUCAAAUUGCAUUGAGGGAUCUCAAUGAAUUCUUCCCGAGAAGUGAUAAAAUUAAAUAA